CCUGUGGUUAUACUGACAGUUAAAAAAAAAAUGGCGGACCUACCGUCAAUUCUCGUCGUCUUAGUGGCCGUUUUUUUGCCUUUAUAUGUUUGGAUCCGGGGCGUAGAGCACAUCAUUAUCCACCAGCGUUGGAUUUUCGUAUGUCUCUUCCUUCUCCCCGUAUCCGUGCUCUAUGAAUCCUUUCUGUUUGUGCGGAACUGGUUGGCAUUCAAGUAUUACAGCGACCCGGAACGUCACAAAGAAAGAGUUCAAAAGGUGCAAGAACAGGUGCAGAAAUGGAACAAGGAUGGCCGGAAGCAGCCCAUGUGCACGGCUAGACCCGGCUGGAUGACCGUAAGCCCUCGUGUGGGGAAAUAUAAGAAGACGCACUGUAAUAUCGAUGUGAAUUUGAUGGAUAUUUUAGAGAUCAAUUGCGCCGCUGGCGAGUCUACUGGUGUGGUUCGUGUCGAGCCCAUGGUCACAAUGGGCCAGUUGACACAUGCUUUAGUACCACUCGGCUGGACUAUACCAGUUUUACCAGAACUGGACGAUUUGACUGUUGGGGGACUUAUUAUGGGCUGUGGGAUUGAGUCGUCUUCUCACAAGUUUGGCCUGUUUCAACAUAUCUGUGUUGGGUUUGAUCUAGUCCUAGCUGAUGGAACACUUGUCCAUGCAUCAAAGAAAGAAAAUGAGCAUCUGUUCUAUUCAAUCCCCUGGUCCCAUGGUACUCUUGGAUUUUUAGUGGCUGCUGAAAUUAUUAUCAUCCCUGCCAAGAAAUAUGUUCGCCUGUCCUAUAACCCUGUCCAUUCCAAGAAGGAAUUGGAGACGUCAUUCACCAGAGAGUCCAUGUCAAAAGAGAAUGAAUUUGUUGAGGCAUUAGCAUACUCUGAGAUUGAGGCUGUGGUUAUGACGGGGACGUUUGAAGAUGAAGCGGAACCAGAUAAGCUUAACCCUAUUGGAUACUUUUGGAAGCCAUGGUUUUUCAAGCAUGUACAAUCAUACCUGAAGAGUGGGCCUGGCGUAGAGUACAUUCCUCUGAGGGACUACUAUCAUCGCCACACUCGCAGUAUUUUCUGGGAGCUGCAGGAUAUAAUUCCAUUUGGCAAUAAUGUCAUCUGGCGUUAUUUGUUUGGCUGGGUGAUGCCUCCCAAGAUCUCCUUAUUGAAGCUCACACAGGGAGAGACCCUCCGCCGCUUGUAUGAACAGCAUCAUGUUGUACAGGAUAUGCUGGUCCCUAUUGAAACACUUGGCAAUUCACUGAGCUGCUUUCAUGAGAACUUCGAGCUCUACCCCUUGUGGAUUUGCCCCAUGUACUUGCCCCGUACCCCUGGUCUAGUGCACGCCCCCGUGGACAAGAGGCGACCCCACUCGGACGGUAGGAUGUACGUGGAUAUAGGAGCUUACGGCACGCCCAAGGUCAAGAACUUCGUGGCGAGGGAGAACAUGAGGAGGGUCGAGGCAUUUGUCAAGAGUGUUGACGGGUUUCAGAUGCUAUACGCUGACUCGUACAUGACAAGAGAGGAGUUUCGCGCGAUGUUUGACCAUGAGCUCUAUGACAAGCUCCGCGAGGAAAUGCAAUGCAAGGAAGCCUUCCCGGAGAUCUAUGACAAGGUUUCACGAGCUGCGAGGCUCUGAGGGAGGUCCUACAACGUCAUGGUCUCAUCGCCCGUGAGACAUCGCGAGGGGUGGAAAUAUUUACGAAACACUUUGUGAUAAAAUAACAUGGUUAAUGAUUGAGACCAAGAGUGUUCUCUUGCGUUAUGUGGCAAGUUUAGUGUAUCCUGGUCUCAAGAGCCUUGACUUCAGGCCAAUCAAACAUUCUUGUAAACACAAGCGAGCUCGUACGAUCAAGGCUUCCAAGAUUCGUGUAAACACAAGCGAGCUCGUACGACAUGCCUUUUUGAGGUGUUGAAAGUGUUAAAGGCCAUGAAAAAUUUGCUUUAUCUUUUAUUCUGAAAACUGGCAAUAAAAUCAAACACACCAAUCUCA